CAGUCUUGCUCAAACCGUCAAUCGUGUCCGUUGAAUCACGACCAUACGUAUUUGGCGUUCAUCAACAGUGCCAUUACAUUCUGUUUCGUUUUGUAGUUGAGUGUCCGUCGAGCGAUUAUUAGUGUUAUUUAUUGUCAUUUUCAGGGCCAGCUCAGUGUACAAUUGCUUGGAAAAAAGGAGUUAUAUAUUCAACAUAAGCGUAUUACAGAGCACGCGCCACUUGUUUUCAUUCUCAUAAAUUAUCGACGCUCACGUGACCGAGGUUUAUAACAAAUUCCAUAAAUCAAUGCAAGUCAAUUUUAUUGAACGCAAUCUGUUGGCUCAGAACAUGGCCGACGACGAGUAUUACCGAUCAAAAGCAAUGGAUAUAUUUCUCGAUGAACUUGGUGGCCAGCAGGAACUUGAAGAAAUACUGCAAAAAUACGCAGCCACAUCGGGUGAAACUAUUCGAGAGGAAAAACAGGAAUAUGAAGUAAUAGAUCCUAAUUUAUUGAGGAGAGCAUCGUAUGAUGGCAAAAGUAGCUCGAUGAAUUAUCAAGCAACCUCGCAAGACGAGCAAAAAGAAAUCCAGUGCGAUGAACCAAGCUCGACGACGGCCGCGGAAGUGGCAGAACACGAUAUCCGACGCGAGCCUAAUCCAGAAGAGGCAAAGGCAGAGACCCAAAACGAAGAGAACUCGAUCAACGAGUCGAACCAAAUCGAACCAAGGGCCAAGAAAACAAGGACUGCACCAAAUGAUCCUCGAAUAAAAAGAAAGAAAAAGCGUGAUAUAUUAAAAAUAUCAAACUCGAAGAAUGAGAUUAAACCAAAUGCUGAUGUUUCUCGACCGGAAAAAGCAACCAAGACCGAUGUGAUACAAAAGCUCAAGAUUCAUUUGACACGGCGUAAAAGUAGCUCGAUAAAUUGUCAAACAGUCUCGCAAGGCGAACAAAAAGAGAUCCAGUGUGACGAAGCAAGCUCAACGAAGGCCGAGAAAGUGACAGAACAAGAUCCCCAACGCGAGUCUACUACAGAAGAAGCAACGGCGGAGACCCAAAACGAAGAGAACUCGAUCAACGAGUCGAACCAAAUAGAACCAGAGGCUAAGAAAUCAAGGACUGAACUAAAUAAACCUGCUGAGGUUUCUCGACAGAAAGAAGCAGCCGAGACUGAUGUGAUGCAAAACCACAAAACCAUUUUGACAAGGCGCAAAAGUAGAUCGAUGGAUUGUCAAACAUCCUCGCGAGACGAACAAAAAGAAAUCCAGUGUGACGAACCAAGCUCGACGAAGGCCGAGAAAGAGACAGAACAAGAUCCCCAACGCGAGUCUAGUCCGGAAGAAGCAACGGCGGAUACAGAAAGCAAAGAGAACUCGAUCAACGAGUCGAACCAAAUAGAACCAAGCGCCAAGAAACCAAGGACUGCACUAAAUGAUCCUCGAAUAAAAAGAAACAAAAAGCGUAGGAUUGAACCGAAUGUGGAUGUUUCUCGACAGGAAGAAGCAGUCAAGACUCAUGUGAUACAAAACCACAAAACGAGUUUAACAAGGCGUAAAAGUAGAUCGAUGGAUUGUCAAACAGCCUCGCAAGACGAGCAAAAAGAGAUCCAGUGCGACGAAGCAAGCUCAACGAAGGCCGACAAAGUGACAAAACACGAUCCCCAACGCGAGUCUACUACAGAAGAGACAACGGCAGAGACCCAAAACGAAGAGAACUCGAUCAACGAGUCGAACCAAAUAGAACCAAGGGCUGCACCAAAUGAUCCUCGAAUAAAAAGAAACAAAAAGCGUGAGAUUAAACCGAAUGCUGAUGUUUCUCGACGAGAAAAAGCAGCCGAGACCGAUGCGAUACAAAACCACAAAACGAGUUUAACAAGGCGUAAAAGUAGAUCGAUGGAUUGUCAAACAGCCUCGCAAGACGAGCAAGAAGAAAUUCAGUGUGACGAACCAAACUCGACGAAGGCCGAGAAAGUGACAGAACAAGAUCCCCAACGCGAGUCUACUACAGAAGAAGCAACGGCGGAGACCCAAAACGAAGAGAACUCGAUCAACGAGUCGAACCAAAUAGAACCAGAGGCUAAGAAAUCAAGGACUGAACUAAAUAAACCUGCUGAGGUUUCUCGACAGGAAGAAGCAGCCGAGACUCAUGUGAUACAAAACCACAAAACCAGUUUAACAAGGCGUAAAAGUAGAUCGAUGGAUUGUCAAACAUCCUCGCGAGACGAACAAAAAGAAAUCCAGUGUGACGAACCAAGCUCGACGAAGGCCGAGAAAGAGACAGAACAAGAUCCCCAACGCGAGUCUAGUCUGGAAGAAGCAACGGCAAAGACCCAAAACGAAGAGAACUCGAUCAACGAGUCGAACCAAAUAGAACCAACGGCUGCACCAAAUGAUCCUCGAAUAAAAAGAAACAAAAAGCGUGAGAUUAAACCGAAUGCUGAUGUUUCUCGACGAGAAAAAGCAGCCGAGACCGAUGCGAUACAAAAGCUCAAGAUUCAUUUGACACGGCGUAAAAGUAGCUCGAUAAAUUGUCAAACAGUCUCGCAAGGCGAGCAAAAAGAGAUCCAUUGGGAUGAACCAAGCUCGACGAAGGCCGAGAAAGUGACAGAACAAGAUCCCCAACGCGAGUCUACUACAGAAGAAGCAACGGCGGAGACCCAAAACGAAGAGAACUCGAUCAACGAGUCGAACCAAAUAGAACCAGGGGCUAAGAAAUCAAGGACUGAACUAAAUAAACAUGCUGAGGUUUCUCGAAAGGAAGAAGUAGCCGAGACUGAUGUGAUGCAAAACCACAAAACCAUUUUGACGAGGAGUAAAAGUAGCUCGAUGGAUUGUCAAACAGCCUCGCAAGACGAGCAAAAAGAGAUUCAGUACGAUGAACUGAGCUUGACGGCGGAUGAGGAAGCGGCAGAACACGAUAUCCGAUGCAAGCCUAGUUUAGAAAAAGCAACGGCAGCGACCCAAAACGAAGAGAACUCGAUCAACGAGUCAAACCAAGCAGAAAAACCAACGGCUAAGAAAUCGAGGACUGAACUAAAUCAACGUGCUGAGGUUUCUCGACGGGAAGAAGCAACCGAGACUGAUGUGAUACGCGACUCAUGCGACGAAGAUUUCUCACCGAAAACCAGUUUGAAAAGGCGUAAAAGUAGCUCGAUGGAUUGUGAAACAGCCUCGCAAGACGAGCAAAAAGAAAUUCAGUGUGACGUACCAAGCUCGACGAAGGCCGAGAAAGAGACAGAACAAAGUCCCCAACGCGAGUCUACUACAGAAGAAGCAACGGCAGAUACCGAAAGCAAAGAGAACGCGAUCAACGAGUCGAACCAAGCAGAACCAAGGACCAAGAAACCAAGAACUGCACCAAAUGAUCCUCGAAUAAAAAGAAACAAAAAGCGUGAGAUUGAACCGAAUGUUGAUGUUUCUCGACAGGAAGAAGCAGUCGAGACUCAUGUGAUGCAAAACCACAAAACCAGUUUGACAAGGCGUAAAAGUAGAUCGAUGGUUUGUCAAUCAACCUCGCAAGACGAGCAAAAAGAGAUUCAGUGCGAUGAACUGAGCUUGACGGUGGAUGAGGAAGCGGCAGAACACGAUAUCCGACGCGAGCCUAGUCCAGAAAAAGCAACGGCAGAUACCCAGAACAAAGAUAACUCGAUCAACGGAUCGAACCAAAUGGAACCAAGGGCCAAGAAACCAAGGACGGCACCAAAUGAUCCUCGAACAAAAAGAAACCAAAAGCGUGAGAUUAAACCGAAUGCGGAUGUUUCUCGACGGAAAGAAGCAGCCAAGACUCAAUUCACUUGCGACAAUCGCGGCAGGCCUUACAAACAUAACGAACCUUUAAGAAAGCAUCUAAGGAGCUCGAAAAAUCGUCGAAAGGCCUCGCAAGACGAGCAAAAAGAGAUCCAGUAUGAUGAACCAAGCUCGACGACGACCGAGGAAGUGGCAAAACACGAUCCCCAACGUGAGUCUAAUCCAGAAGAAGCAACGGCAGAUACCGAAAGCAAAGAGAACUCGAUCAACGAGUCGAACCAAAUAGAACCAACGGCUGCACCAAAUGAUCCUCGAAUAAAAAGAAACAAAAAGCGUGAGAUUAAACCGAAUGCUGAUGUUUCUCGACGAGAAAAAGCAGCCGAGACCGAUGCGAUACAAAAGCACAAGACUCGUUCGACACGGCGUAAAAGUAGCUCGAUGGAUUGUCAAUCAACCUCGCAAGACGAGCAAAAAGAGAUCCAUUGGGAUGAACCAAGCUCGACGACGGCCGCGGAAGUGGCAGAACAAGAUCCCCAACGCGAGUCUACUACAGAAGAAGCAACGGCAGAUACCGAAAGCAAAGAGAACUCGAUCAACGAGUUGAACCAAAUAGAACCAAGAGCCAAGAAACCAAGGACUGCACUAAAUGAUCCUCGAAUAAAAAGAUCAAACGCGAAGAAUGAGAUUAAACCGAAUGCUGAUGUUUCUCGACGGGAAAAAGCAGCCGAGACCGAUGCGAUACAAAAGCACAAGACUCGUUCGACACGGCGUAAAAGUAGCUCUGAACUAAAUCAACCUGCUGAGGUUUCUCGAGGGGAAAAUGCACCCGAGGCUUAUUUCAUAUGCGACCGUUGCAACGCAGCCGUCCAACACCAAAGCAGUUUGGUAAGGCAUCGAAAAAUGAGUUGCCCACCUGUGAAGCCGCGAAGAAAAAGUAAUGGAAUGUGAAGCGUGUCGGUGGGCCGAAAAAUCGUCUACGGUCAGAAGAGGCGCAACAUCGACCAGGAUCGUGUACUCUGAACGAGCGACUCGCAAGAUCGUGUGUGUUGCUUAGAUUGUGUCCCACCGCCGGCUGCUUCGCGGCAUAAUUGUGACAACCUCCUCAAAGAUAUUAUAAAGUUUGACGAGUUUCUUUGUUCUUCUGCAUACUUCUUCUUAAAUGUUGACAUCCGAUUCUUUAUUCAUUGAUAAAAUAGAGGCAUAAUGAUUUGAUGCAUCAGCGCAGUGUCGGAAUAGAAAAAUAGCCGCCCCCACGCAGACUUUUAUUUGCCACUCACGCAAUACGAAGAACUUCAAUAUAAAAUUUUGGAUUGAUAACAUUUCUUACCUACAUGAGAAAAGGAUGAACAAAAUACAAGAGCUAUUACUGAUUUUUAAGAAAUGUAGAAAAAAUUUUUUGAUUUAAAUUAAAAUAUUAAGUGAUUUUCACUUUGAUUUUUUCUGUAAAAACUCAUUGUUCUUAUCA